AUGGACCUGUCCGACAUUCCUUUUAAUGUGCCAGUGAUCAUACAAUCUGUCUACACUCAGAAAAAUCUGCAGAAUACCAUUGGUUCAAAGAAAGCUCGCUGCCUGACGAACAAUCGUGAUACCUUUGAGCACGUCAUUCUGCAUCAUGUCCGCGACGAUGAGGUCGCCAUCCAGUCUCAACACAACGGCCGCUUCCUUCAUGUGCGCACGUCCGGCGAAUGUGUGUUCGGUCCUUCUGAUUCGUGGGACUGGGAGCUCUUUACCAUUGAGAUAAACUCGGAGUGUUCUCUUUUCUUUGUGUCGUGCCACACGGGAAAAGUCCUGCAAUGUGCAGGUCAAGGUGUUGUCCAGUGUGCAAACAAGCAUCGUGAUCGUUGGGAAGCUUGGAGGAUCAUAGGGCCCAGCAUCAAUGCUACCAUGAACCAGACGCAGCGUGUAUUGGAUUCACGCUAUUGCCUAGCAAAUACAGAUCGCCAGAACUUUGUGAUGGAUUUAGUAAAGCAUGGCAAAACACCGGAUGAGAUCGAGCAGAUUGUGACAAGACUGUUUGACGGUCCGGCCGCCAGAACUUCGACACCGGCAGUAUACGCUUUAGGCGCAACAGAGUAG